AUGACCGGACAUAGGCCUGAGAGCAGCGACGACAUGGGGGGCCUCUGGAAGUUCCGGGCAAGUGGAAAUACUUUGCAUACAGUAGUUUCAAAGCUGACGGCCCUGCAGGUGGAUUUGGUCUCCUACAUGGACGAUCUGGCUGAGGAGAUUGGAGUGAGGCCAAGUCGGCUGUGGCUCUUCUUCACAGACUACCCUCUGUUCAAGAGGGUCCUGUCACUGCAUAUCAGAUCGCAUGUCCCAGGCUCUCAAGACGAGAACGAGGUUGAAGACGAGUCCAAUGCAUCCUCCACUGGACGAUGGUUGAAACUGAUGGUUGCUAUGACAGCCGGAGGAGCUGCUCUGUAUUUCCUCCACGACCGCAGCCCAGACACCAUUUCCAGUCUGAUGUCUAAGAUCCGGCUAAUAACCACAUGA